UCUCGAGUUAUGUUUAGUAAAAGAAAGAUGUAUAUUUAUUGAAUGAUGAGUUAAUACGUAAACCCCGUUAGUAUUUUCUGUUGUGCGGGUGAACCAGUGGUUCGACCCAUGAGUUUUCGGGUGGGGUGUUACAACAAGGUCUCCAUUUUAAAUCAGAUAAUAAUUUGGUUUUGAAAGCUUACAGUGAUGCUGAUUGUGCAACAUGUCCAGACACAAGGAAAUCAAUUUCUGGAUACUGUACCUUCUUGGGAGGAUCCUUGGUUACUUGGAGAGCAAAGAAACAGACUACUGUUUCCAGAUCAUUGUCUGAAGCAGAGUACAGAGCGCUAGCUCACCUAGUAUGUGAAAUUCAGUGGCUUCAAAGCUUAUUGAAGGAGUUAGAUGUGAAAUUGCCAACUCCUGUUCAUGUGUUUUGUGAUAACAUGUCUGCAUUCCAAAUAGUAGAGAAUCAUGUGUACCAUGCACGUACUAAACACAUUGAGAUAGAUGUUCAUGUUACAAGGGAAAGAGUGAAAUCAGGUUUGAUCAAACUGAACUAUGUCAGAAGUGAAGAACAAGUUGCAGACUUGUUUACCAAGGCUUUAACUCGUUAUCAUGUUACUUAUUUACUUAGCAAGUUGAGCGUAAUUAACAUAUACGCGCCAACUUGUGGGGGCGUGUUGAAGCAGAAUGGAGGAGCUAUCGAUUGGAACAAGUAGGAAGAGAAGAUGCAGAGAGGGAAAUCCGAGUUGCUGGAACACGAAGACCCUUCUGCAGACAUCCAAAACGGGAGCUGGGCUUGAAGACGAUUCACAGUAUGGGAUACGUUUCGUGACUUCAGCCAAGCCCUCGUGAAGACGUCGUCGUAUCAGUAGUGACCGUUAAAUAAGUGUUGUUAGUUUAUUUUUAGCCUAUCAGUGAUUGCCACGUGUUGUGGUUAACAGUAUACUGGAUUUGAACGUUGUAAACCCCUACUUUACUUUUGAUAUAAAUAUCAGGGUUCCCAGCUGUUUUGCUGCUGUGGAAACCCUUCCCCAUUUCCUCCUUCCUAUAAUUUCUACAAUCUGGCAGGUGGAAUUCAAGAUGCAACCUUCCCAAACUAGGGGAAAAUUCCUAAAUAGAACCUCCAAAGGAUGAGCGAAGAUGAUGAACAUCAGGCUUCUUCCUGUUUUCGUAAUUCUUCCUGUUUCCACAAGUUCAAGACAGAAUGGUGCCGAAGAGAUGGAAUGGAGAGGGAGUGGAUUAAAGCUUCAAUGCUAGGGGACCAAAGAGAUGAAAUGGAGAGGGAAUGGAUCAAAGCUUCAAUGCAAGGGGAUAUUAGGACAAGAGACGAACAAUGCUUCUUAUGGAAAAGUUGCAGCACCUGCGGUGGGCGGCGUCGCGGUGGUGAGGGUUUGGAGACAGAGGCAGAGAAGGAUGGAUAUAUUUCGUUUUCUUUUCGAUUUCGUUUUCUUUUCUUUUUGUAUUAGUUUUACCAAAAAUAAUAUUUUAUUCUUUACUAACGGUAGAUAGACGGAAUUUUAAAUGGAUGCACAUUUCAGUGACGUUAGUGGUCUCCGAUGCCCUAUUCUUAUUUAAGUGAUAUAGCUCUCUCAAUUCUUAUAUUUAAAUGGUAUCCAAGGUAUUUUACCCGAUUGAAUAAGCCAUUUUUCUCUCGUAUUUCACUAUCCUCAAAUUUUCACCCCUCUAAAUUUUCCUUCCCCUCCACAAUUUUCUCCCCCUCUUUCGUGUAUAGAGCUUUUGAACACCAGUUAGCCAUCAUUAUGUCACUACCCUCAAAUUUUCACUUUCUCCAAAAACAUUUCUCCCUCUUUCGUGAACACAGGGUAACAGAUUGUAGUAAAAUAUGUGAUGAUCUAAACCGUACAAAAUCGCUAAUAUAUGCGGUUUGGUUUGACUUCAUUAAUAACAUUGCAGUCAAGCAUGCAAGUGCGACCCAAUUGAAAUAUGGUCGGAGCAAAUUAUAUCAAUAUGGUAUGGUACAAUCCAAAUGACAUAAAUUCUCAUCUUUAAUUUAGAAUACACUUGUAUCCAUGAAUAUGUACACUAUAUUUGGGAAGAGUGCAAAUGGAAGUGGGAAUUCACUAUUUUGGCUUACCCUCUGAAUUGGGGUGCAAGGGAAGAAAGGAAGGAAGAGGAGGGAGGAAAUUAAUGAUUUUCUUAAUUAUAUUACAAUUAUAUAAUAAUUCAUAUUAUUAACUUUUUCUUAUAGUUAUCAUUAAUGUAAACGUUGUUUGGGGAUGACCGUUUGACUUCAAUAGCAAGUUUGUCAAUGUUCGUCUAGUCAAACUGAUAUAUCUUGGUUGACUCGAAUUUGCAUUGAAAAUUAGAGAUAAGAUAAGAAGCAUUUGUGGAAAAGAUAGAGAUGACCGGUUUAGUUUACUCGGUUUACUUGAUUAAAUAGUUAAAACUUACAGAUUUGAACUUGUUUGACUAAGUUUGACCAUAUUCAAUUUGAAGGUAGGCACGAGAAUCCCCUUAAGAUGACCAGUUACGAGUUGGGUUUCGAAUUUCGAGGUCGCUUGACCAAUGAUUAUUAGUGUUGUUAUAAUUAAUUAUCAUUUGAUCA